AUGCUGGUGCAUAUACCGGCUGGUCUUGAGGACGCACGUAGUGCGCGCCUCUUGUCUGUCCAACAGUGUCUCACUAUUGGAGAAAUUGUCGUGCUAGUGCCUAUGCCCUACACCAACGCCACUCACGAGUUCUUAGAACUUGUCUUCUCUUCUCAUGAGAAAGAGUUGGCGGCAGAUGUGGCUCAUAAAAAGCUGCAAGCUCUGCGUGAUGCAGGAAACUUCCCCUCUUCGCUAGCGGAAGUGAAAGUGCAGAACAAGUGGUCCUUGAAGGCAGACACCAAUGUUGCGAUGGGAGAAGUGACGGCAUCCGGCAGUAAAUCCGUGGAGUCCCUCAUAGACCGCAAGAAGAACAAGGUUGACUUUGUGAAGAGAGCGGCAAAAAGGAGGAGAGAGUUGACAGACCGAUCAGAGGGCGCAAGCAGAAGCAAUGAGCCCCCUCCCCCUGCCAAGAAAGGCAAAAAAGGUGGAGAGCCUUACAAGGGGAAGAUCAACAGGGUGAAGAAGGAUGGGAAGGGCAAAGGGAAAGCCCCCCAAAAAUAA